UUGAGUUGUAGUUUUCGGCGUUUUCGCUGUUUUCGCAUUUAUUCAACUCCCAAUUUUAUCAAUUAUUCAGAAAUAAUCUUUCUACCGCGUUUGUUAAUGUUCGCGAAACUGAUGUAGUGCCGAUAUAUUCAUUUUUACGUUGUAAGAAAUGACUCGAACAUUUCAAUGCAAGAUACAGAUUCUCCGUUGAUUUUUGACUAGGAAUCGUUAGAAUCACAAACUUUUUCGCAUAUCUAACAGCUACAGCGCAUUUUGGUACAGAAUAAUAUAUUCGUCUCCGGCCAACAUGUUUGAAUUACCCCAAGCGUUCAAAGAAAUCAUACCAGAGUUUUCUCAGACCAACAAAUGGAGAGAGAUCUGUUUCAAUAGUGGAGGAACACCCAGUACUUUACAAGAUAUUAAAGUCGUUUCGCAUUCGGGUGGUUAUGCGUUCAAUGAAUUGCCAAACCGAUUCCUUUACUGGAGGACAAACUACGAUGUAUUGGAAAUAAUUGAGCAGAGCUUAGAUUUCAAUCUUCACAAUAAUCAGAUUCGAUAUAAAUUUCAAAAUGCGCCAAUUCUCGAUGGCAUUACCAUCUGCGAAAGAGCCAAUACUGUUGUUGUAUUGGUACCAACGGUGUCCAGUGUUCAUCGAUUAACGUUUCCUCAUCCUGCUUAUGAAAGAACAACUGAUUUUCGCUCUACUUCCAUACUUGCAGAUGUUAACGCUGAUAGCAUAUGCAAUCCUACAACGUUCCAUUUAUUCAAUACUAUGCCUUAUCUACCCCAUUCGGCAGCUUCCGUUCUAGCCGAUGAUGAUGAUAACGCUAUGUUUUCUCUUGCUUUAAAUAAUAAUUCUGUCCUACUAAUCAAAGUGCAACGAUUAACUGGUAUGGCUGCAUCGAAUUAUUUAAAGAUGGAAUCAUUUGGCAGAAAACGAUUCUUAUCGGGUUUAACGGAGGUCUUGUUAGGAGGUAAAUCGAAUGAAGACAACACGGUUAGUCUCGCUUUAGAAAGAUACGACAAAGAAGUAUUUUUAUUCGCGUUGAGUCGCAAUGGUCAAUUGAGAGUUUGGAGUUGUACAAAAAUGGUCUGCGUUUAUGAAUUUGAUUUUACUGCUUCUAAUCAGGCUUUAGUUGGAGCUCAGUACCAUAUACUUCGUAAAAAAUUGAAUGGAUCACAUUUAACCUUAGCUAUUUAUUCAUCUUCCAUGGAUUACUCGCAAUUAUUAGUUCUGCGACCUAUUCUAAAAAAGAAUAAUAUUUCUUUUGAUAACGAGCCGCUAACUUAUACGACUCCACCUAACAUGGAUUUAAUUGAAAUGAACGUCGAUUGUGAUGGUUUGGUAAUUCUGUGCGUAUGGCGUUCACGAGAGAAUGGCGAUGCCGUAACUUCUGCUUUAUCCUUGAUUACUGGGAAAUGGAGUUUCUUCGAAAGCUGCAGAAGGGAGCCUGUUUUCAACAAUUAUUCUUCUAGUGCUGGAUUGACCUCCAGAGAGUUUUACUUGAAUGUAAUCUUUGCUCCUGGCGCAUUUUCUGUUUCGGAUAUUAAGAAAGUUUUAAAUAUAUACAAAGGAACACCUCAACUAGAUCAACCGGCUACUAAAGCAGAAUUACGUUCGAAAGUGUGUGCUGCGUUGGAAAUGGAAAUCCAAGCUGAAGCGCUCGAAUACGAAUUAUCUGAUGAUGAUUACAUCGAGAUUUCAGAAAGGUGCUGGAAUAAAUUUUAUUUGAAUUGUAUUCAGUACCAAGAGACGGGAAAAAUUCCUAGCGGUUUGUUCUGGCUUCCUUCUUCACUGCUGGUUGUAAUAUCCAAAAAUAAUCUUUCGUUUUUCCGCACCGUUGAUAUUUUGGAAGAAGAAAUGCUUUUGCGACCCGGUCACAGUAAUGAAAGUCAGAGUUACAAACAUGUUUUAAGCAUGCUGUCCCAAAUUUCAUUGAGUGAAGAGCAAGGCAUACGUUUUGAUCGAGCUCUGAAAGGUUUCUGUUCUCUAAAAAAAGUAUCAGCUGAAAUCGCCGCAGAAUUUAAAUUACAAAACAAAUUGAAUUUGGAAUUGGACGCUGUUAUGAAAUAUCAGGAUUUACAAUCAACGUUACGUAAUCUAUCUGACGUUUUAUUCAUGCCAGAAACAUUCGAACAUGCUGGAGAGUAUGGCGAUUCGUUUAGAAGUGAAUUAGGAGUUCAACUUAUUACGUGUUCCAUCAGUCAAAUUGUGAAGAUGAGAUUGAACACUUGCCGCAACUUGGUACUAUUGAUUCAGAUAUUGGAUAGUAGUGAAAUCAAACGAGAUUUCUUGACCGAUACAUUGAAUUUAUGCUAUGCAUAUGCGAUAUUGAACUGGUGUUGUGAAGCUGUCGUUCCUAAUAAUGCACAACUGAUAUCCUUGAUGCAGUUAUUACUGUUGAAUAAACCCGAUAUUGUUGUCCAGCCCUUGGUUUUGGAUACGAUAUGGUCAACGUUACAAUAUUUGUGGCCAUUAACAAACAGCGUAAAUUUAGCAGAAUACCUUUUAAUCCACAAACAGCAUUUAUUGCUAACGAGUUUUUCGAGAAUGGUUCCUCAUAAACAAUGGCGUAAUUUGUUGGUUCAAAACUUCAUCGAAAUGAAUGAGCCGUACAAAGCUUUCGAUUUAGUUGAAGAAAUGGUCGACUCUCCGGAAAAUUAUCUGAAGGCUAUUAAAAUGUUCGAAAGUGCUGAUCAGUCCGAUAUUGUGAUACAUUUAGCUGAGUUAGCCGUAGAAAGAGCGACUAAAAUUAAUCAUCCGGAUUUGACAACAUUGUAUUCGAUUUUGUUUUUGCAUCAUUUGAAAUUGGGUCGAUAUGACUUGGCGUUUGUCAAUAUGGAUAAAAAUCCGGAUCGUUCGCGUCGGAUAGAUUGUCUCCGCGAGCUAGUGAUCACGUUGAUGAAUUCCAAGCACGUAGAAAAAUUAUUAAAUUUUCCAUACAACGAUUUAUUGCCACAUUUAGAAAACAUUAUGGAACAGAGAGCUAGAUCUUUACAAUCUCAUCAAGCUGCUCCGUAUUAUAACUUUUUAUACGCGCUUCAUGUGCGUAUGGAAAAUUUCCGCAAAGCUGCGCGUAUCAUGUUUGAACAAGGUUUUCGUUCUGAUAAUAAUAAGCUUCAAAUGCUUUCGUAUUCCGUUUGUUUAAAUUGUCUAUCGUUGGUGAGCCCCGAGCAUGCUUGGCUUCUGAAGCCAAGAGAAAAUACUAUGAAAGAAAACCUUGACGAUGAUUCUGAUGUCUUGGAAAUUUACCAGUUACAAGAUUUGACCAAGGAAUUUGAAUUAGCUUCUGCUAGAUCUAAAUUACUCAAUUGUCCGCCCGAUGUGUCAGCAUUCGAAGUAGUCAUGAAGUUAAUAUCAGCUAGCCGGUAUAGAUUAGCAUUAAGGAUAUCGUUACUAUUCCAAUUAGAAUUAGAACCAGCCUUAGAAGGAUUAGCUGCAGCGUGUACUCGUAUCACAGAAGAUCCAGACCCUUGGAGUUGGCUUGUUGAAAACGAUAUAUCUGAUUUCAUCGUCGGAGACGAAAACGCUGUCGUCGUUGCUUGGCGAUUAUUGGAAGCCUUGUUGCUUAAAUACGAACAACCGCAUUUGACUACAUUACACAAAGCCGUCGCUAGCAAAAUAAUGUCUUUGGAUGUGGUUUUACCAUAUUGGCUCGAAGUUUCAUAUAAGAAACGUAAUCCCGGCGAGCUGCUUAGAUUGUAUUUAUCAUUCGGAGUCUUAGCAGAAGCUUCCAAAUUAUGCUGCGAAUUAAUAGCUGCGAUUUUAGGAAAAGGCAAAGAAAAUUUCGAAAUUAAUGAUGCCCUCACGGUUUCUUCAUCAGCCAAAUGUCUACCCGCCAAUGCUAUCGAUAUUCUUCUGUUAGAAUUACAAAAUCAACAGAUGAAUGAUUUGUACGAAGAAGUCAAAAGCGCCGUCGAUAUUUAUCUAGAUACUACUGCAAGAAUUACAGAUGACAGAAUUCGAUAUAAUCGUGAUACUGGGAUUGUAAAUGUACGUUCGUUAUGAUCGAAUUAUUCUGUACAUCGGCCAAGUUAUUCGAGUUCACGUUCAGAAAAAGAAGCGAAAUAGAUAUUUUCAGAUCAACAGAUUUUCAUUUACGCCUGUAUAGAUUCUCCUGACUCAAGUUUUUAUGUUCAAUCAGUGUAUAAAUAGGUAUAUUUUUGUAACAAUGAUUUUUCCAAUA